AUGUUACCACCAACGAUCCCACAGGGGCUCCAUGGGGCUACCAGAGGUCUCCCAGGGGCCCCAUGGGACUACCAGAGGUCGCCCAGGGGCCCCAUAGGACUACCAGAGGUCUCAUUGGACUAUCAGGUGUCCCCCAAGGGUCUCAUGGGACUACCGGGGAUCCCCCAGGGGCCCUAUGGGACUAUCAGGGUACCCCAGAGGCCCCACAUUACUACCAGGGAUCCCCAGGGGCCCCAUGGACUACUAAGCGUCCCCUCAAGGGUCCCAUGGGACUACCAGGUGGCCCCCAAAGGUCCUAUGAGACUACCAGGUAGCCCCCAGGGACCUCAUGGUACUAACAGGAGGCCACAGGGGCCCUACCAGGGCCAAGAGCCCCUUGGGACUACCAGGGGUUCCCAAAUGGGCCUACCAAAGAUCCUCCAGGAGCCCCAUGGGAUUACAAGGGCCCCUUGGGGGCCAUUCCAGGGAUUACUCAGGGUCCUGUAG